AUGGAUCAAGCGCGGCCUGUCUCCGACCUCGAGGCCGGUUUGAAUGGAAAAGGCUAUCGAGCAUCCCUGCCCGGUGGUGCAACUCUAAACGGGCAUCGGUCUCAUGCUACCCAGAACACACCAGGGUCGUCAGAACGCUCUCUUGCCCAGGAUAUGCUUCAACUCUCUGCUUCAGUCUCCGAAGCACCUCUGAGGCAUUCUCAGGCUCUCUGA